AUGUACAAUCAAACUGUGAACACUGUCCGUAAAGGAUGGUGUGAGGUAUCGUGCCAGAAGACUCAGAUAAUCUUCUUUUCCCUCUUUGCCUUCCUCGCUGUGAGUGUAUUUGCUCUUGCUCCUCUGAUCCAAAGCGCUGCUAUGAGGUUGGGAUCAAUCCCUGGCGCUGUACUCUUUGGAGCAGUGAUUGAUACGACUUGCAUGCACUGGAGUACUGGUUGCGACGGUUCCAUGAAAUGUGUGCUCUACAAUGCUGAAAAACUUGGAUUUUACAUUUUCUUAUUCACCAUUAUCAUCAAAGUAUUCUGUUUCUUCUGCCUAUUCGUUGCAUACAAAAGCUACAUACCCAUUGCAAAUGAUGUCGUUGAAUGUCAGAAGCAGCAGAAGGCUCUAAAGCCAGUUUCGAAAGCUAAAGCAACAACGCCUGUGAUUGAUGUGAUAAAGAGCACUGCCUUAUGA